CCUUGGAGUUACAAUGAAACAUAUCAGAAGCAUUUACGUAUUUUGUAGUAUUGCUGUGUCAGUGCAGGGCUGGGCUUCGAAGUUGCCAGAAGAAAGGGAGUUAACGACCAAUUUCUCCAACAUGUCUCUAAGAAAGGUUCCUGCAGACUUGACCCCAACCACAACCACACUGGAUUUAUCCUACAACCUCCUUUCUCGACUCCAGAGUUCAGAUUUUCGUUUUGUCUCUAAACUGAAAGUUUUGAUUCUGCGCCAUAACAGAAUCCAAGAGCUGGAUGUCAAGACCUUUGAAUUCAACAGAGAGUUAAGAUAUUUAGAUUUGUCUUAUAACAGACUGAAGAUUGUAACUUGGUAUUCACUGGCGGGUCUCAGACAUUUAGAUCUUUCUUUCAAUGAUUUUGACACCAUGCCUAUCUGUGAGGAAACUGACAACAUGUCACAUUUGGAAAUCCUAGGUUUAAGUGGGGCAAAAAUACAAAAAUCAGAUUUCCAGAAAAUUUCUCAUUUGCAUCUAAAUACUGUCUUCCUAGGAUUGAAAAGUCUUUCUCAUUAUGAAGAAGGUAGCCUGCCCAUCUUAAACACAACAAAACUUCACAUUGUUUUACCAAUGAACACAAAUUUCUGGGUUCUUUUGCAUGAUGGGAUCAGGACCUCAAAAGUACUAGAAAUGACAAAUAUAGAUGGCAAAAGCCAACUUGCAAGUUAUGAAACUCAACAAAAUCUUACUUUAGAGGAUUCCAAGACCUCUAUUCUAUUACUUAAUAGAGUUGAUUUACUCUGGGAUGACCUUCUCCUACUCUUCCAGUUUAUUUGGCACACAUCAAUAGAAUGCUUCCAAAUCCAACAUCUGACUUUUGGAGGCAAGGUUUAUCUUGACCACAAUUCAUUUGAUUACUCAAAGACUAUAAUGAGAACUAUGAAAUUGGAGCACGUAAAAUUCAGAGUUUUUUCUGUUUCACAGGAGAGGGUCUACUUGCUUUUUACCAAAAUGGAUGUAGAAAACCUGACUAUAUCAGAUGCACAAAUGCCUCACAUGCUGUUUCCUGUUUAUCCUACAAGAUUCCAGUAUUUAAAUUUUGCUAAUAAUAUCUUAACAGAUGACCUGCUUAAGCAACCUAUCCAGUUGCCUUUUUUGAAAACUCUCAUUCUGAAGGGCAAUAAAUUGGAGACACUUUCUUUAGUGAGUUUCUUUGCCAGCAACACAUCCUUGAAGCACUUAGAUCUGAGCCAGAAUCUGUUACAACAUCAAAAUGAUGAAAAUUGCUUUUGGCCAGAAACCCUGAUCACUAUGAACCUGUCCUCCAACAGAUUUGCUGAUUCUGUUUUCAGGUGCUUGCCCAGAAGUAUUCAAAUACUUGACCUGAAUAAUAACAAAAUUCAAACUCUCCCUAAAGACAUUAUUCAUCUGAAGUCUUUGCAAGAGCUGAAUCUUGCAUUUAAUUUUCUCACUGAUCUUCCUGGGUGUAGUCAUUUCAGAAAACUCUCAAUUCUGAACAUUGUAAUGAACUUAAUUCUCAGCCCAUCUCUGGAUUAUUUUUAGAGUUGUCAGGAAGUUAAGACUCUGAAUGCAAGAAGAAAUCCAUUCCGGUGUACUUGUGAAUUAAGAGAUUUCAUUCGGCUUGAAAAGUAUUCAGAGGGCAUGAUGAUUGGAUGGUCAGAUUCGUACAUCUGCGAAUACCCUUUGAAUCUAAAGGGGACUCGGUUAAAGGAUGUUCAUCUUCCUGAAUUAUCUUGCAACACAGCUCUGUUGAUUGUCACCAUUGUGGUUAUCAUGCUAGUUCUGGGGAUGGCUGUGGUCCUCUGUUGCUUCUACUUUGAUCUGCCCUGGUAUCUCAGGAUGCUGGGUCUAUGGACACAGACACUGCAGAGGAUUAGAAAGACGGGCCAAGAACAACUCAAGAGAAAUGUUUGGUUCCAUGUGUUUAUUUCAUACAGUGAAUGUGAUUCUACGUGGGUGAAGCAUGAAUUAAUCCCCAAUCUAGAGAAAGAAGAGAAAUUGAUUUGCCUCCAUGAGGGACACUUUGACCCUGGCAAGAGUAUUACUGAAAAUAUCAUGAACUGCCUUGAAAAAAGCUAUAAGUCCAUCUUUGUUUUGUCUCCCAACUUUGUCCAGAGUGAGUGGUGCCAUUAUGAACUCUACUUUGCCCACCACAGUCUCUUCCAUGAAAACUACGUAAUGUUUAUCUUACUGGAACCCAUUCCACUCUACUGCAUUCCUACCAGGUAUCCUAAGCUGAAAGCUCUUCUGGAAAAGAAAGCAUACUUGGAAUGGCCUAAGGAUAGGCGUAAAUGUGGACUUCUUGGGGCAAAUCUUCGAGCUGCUAUUAAUGUUAAUUUAUUAGAAACCAGAGGGAUGUGUGAACUGCAGACAUUCGUGGAGCUAAAUGAAAAGUCUUGAGGUUCUGCAAUCUCUCUGAUAAGAACAGACUGCCUAUAAAAUCCUCUCUUCCCCUGGAAAAAUGCAAAGGAAAUUGGGGCCUGCAUA